AUUUGGGCACCCACCUGGGACGCUAUUUGAGCGACCACUGGGGGGCCCCGGACCACAGGUUGAGAACCACCUCUGUAGACACAUGAAAGGGGGUGGAGAAGGGGUUCAUCCAGGUCCUCUCACUGCUGGAAGAACCGGAGCCGGGGCAGAGGCGCUGAUAUAUAAGCCAGACCGGGACAGGACAGGAACACAACAACUCCAAAGCAGAGCGGUUUCAGUAGCGCACACAGCGGAGCGUCGCUUGGACUUGUGUUUCACGUCUGUGCGUCCUGACAGGCGUAAUGACUGAUCACUGACACAUUUGAGAGCCAUAUCUGACAUAUGAUUCAUAAGUCAGAGCUUUUACAACUCACACACCUCUGCUACUUUUAAUUUUUUUUUUUUUUUUUUUACUCCGGAUGGAUUUCUCAUGCAGCAGUUUUUGACAUCGCAUGUGAUUUUAUCCGCAGGAGCUUUUAAGUCGCUUGUAUUUGGAGGCUUUUGGUAAACUUGCUGCAACGUAAACAGUCCAGUUGUCGUGAGCGCGUGAGCCUGCACUUUCCCGAGAUGGAGUUGAAGAGCGCGUGUCGUAUGGUUCUUUUCCCCGUGCAAAUGCUAUUUUAUAUCGUCAGAGCAAGUUUGUCUGCGCUGUUCCCUAGCAGAAGGAAAGAUUUGAGCAAGGAGGUGGUGUUGAUCACCGGAGGAGGACGAGGCAUCGGGCGUCACCUGGCCAAAGAGUUCGCCAAGCAGGGGGCCAGAAAGGUUAUCUUAUGGGGCCGAACAGAGAAGUGCCUGAAAGAAACCGCUGAAGAGAUCUCUCUCUCAGGAACAGAGUGCCAUUACUUCCUGUGCGAUGUGGCCAAUCGGGAGGAAGUUUACAAGCAGGCCAAAGUGGUUCGAGAAAAGGUUGGAGAUGUUAGCAUAUUGGUGAACAACGCAGCCGUAGUCCACGGCAAAAGUUUAAUGGACAGCGAUGACGACGCCCUCCUGAAAUCCCAACACAUCAACACGAUGGGACAGUUCUGGACUACAAAGGCCUUCCUUCCUCGGAUGCUGGAGCUGCAGCAUGGUCAUGUAGUGUGCAUAAACUCCAUCCUGUCCCAGUCCCCCAUCCCGGGGGCCAUAGACUACUGCACCUCCAAGGCCUCUUCUCUGGCCUUCAUGGAGAGUCUGACGCUCGGCCUGCUGGACUGUCCCGGUGUCAGCUGCACCACGGUGCUGCCGUUCCACACCAACACAGAGAUGUUCCAGGGCAUGAGAGUCAGGUUUCCUCAGCUCUUUCCGCCUCUCAAACCCGAGAUAGUCGCCCAGAGGACUGUGGAUGCAGUCAGAGCUGACAAGGCCUUCCUCUACCUGCCCUGGACAAUGCACGCCCUCGUUAUUUUAAAAAGCUUCAUGCCUCAAAUCGCACUUGAAGAAAUCCACAAGUUUUCCGGGAGUUAUACCUGCAUGAACACGUUCAAAGGGAGGACAUGAGCCUGGAUUGAGGACAAUUUGUGUGCUAAAAUGAGCAGCUCUUGGGUAUAAUGAAGGGAAUAUGGACCUUAAGACAUGUGGAAGAGGAGGAGACCCAGAGACAGUGUGAGGACAAACACUUAGGGGACAUGAUAGGUGGUUGAUUCUGCAGGUACAGUUAAUCGAUAUACUGCAGGACACACCCUGGUCCCAUUUGUAUGCAUGUGUGCAGGCGUAUGUGUAUAGUAUGAAGGACUGAAUGCCAUUUUCACUUUGAACCGAAGCCAUGCAUAGUUCUGAACCAGUAGUUAUUCUGGGAGGUUUUUGUGACACUUGUUUUAGUCUGUUUUUACACUUCUUUUUUUUUUAUUCUCUUUUUAACUUGUUUUUGAAUCAAACCAGAUAAUAAAAUGGAGUUUUAGAGACGCACUGUG